UGAGGUGUUUUUUCAUCAGACAACAAAAGGUCCCCAAACAAGGAAGUGUUUCACACUAGAAGUAGAACUAGAGCAUCAACAGUUUUAAGACCGCGAGUAAAAGAGGGCAAUGCUGAAAGCAAACACCAGGCCAAUGGAUCUCCUAGGAGUUUGGGUGGUAAUUCUUCUCUUAAACACUGUUUUCCAGACCUCCUACAGUGCAGAGUGCGAAUGGGAUUGGAAAAUUGACGCAGCGCAGGGUCUCGACCCCAGUUCCCUGGACGCCGGGGCACGUAAACUAUCGGUGCUCCGCGAAGUACAUGACAUGGAACACUGCCAGAUGGCGUGCUGCGCCGAGACCGCCUGCCAGCUCGCUAUGAUUGGCACCCCGGCGGACGGAACCCCGGAGUGCCAGCUGGUCAGCUGCAUGCAGGACGGCCGGGACGUGUGUCUCCUCCAGCCCAGCACACAAUUCAAGGUCUACCGCAAGAAGACACAGGUGGUGACGGAGCCGCAGAACACCACCGAACCCGCUCCACUGUCACCCGACGCACGGGCUCUGAGCGAGGGGAACUCCACCAACGCUGAUAAGGAUCAGUGCAGGAGGCGUAUGAAGGUGGGUUCCUGCAAGGCCGCCUUCCCACGGUUCUACUACGAUAUGUCCACCCAGAGCUGUCGGAAAUUCAUCUACGGAGGCUGUGAGAGCAACGGAAACAACUUCGAGAGUGUGCAGGAGUGUGAGACUGCUUGUGAGGGGGUCAAAGGACCAGAGCUGACCCUCCGAUCCCGCCCCGUCUAUGGUUCAUAUCCAACAGCUCCCGCUGAGGCGCCCGUUCCUCCUUCCUCCGAUGUCCCUCUACCAGAGAUUUCUGAAGACGAUUUUGCACAUCGCUGUGGGGUGGCGCCAGCGGUAGGACUGUGCCGUGCGGCUCUGCCUAGAUGGUACUACAACAGCGACACACACACCUGUCAAUCAUUCAUCUAUGGGGGAUGCGGGGGCAACAAGAACAACUACGGCAGCCAGGAGAAUUGCAUGGUCGCCUGCACAGUCACUGUGUUGCCGUCUCCCAAAAAAUCCAAAGGCAAAAUGAUUCCGAUGGAACUCCAGGACAGCAAAGACCACUGCCUGGUGGGCCCUGAGCCGGGUCCGUGUCGCGCAGCCUUCCCUCGCUUCUUCUACCAGCCCAGCACCGGCUCUUGCCUCUCCUUCAUCUACGGAGGUUGCCGGGGCAACAAGAACCGCUACGAGACACUGGAUGACUGCAUGUCCAAGUGUGACGGGCGAGGUCACACAGGUCAGGAUGCCCAGGGGAACGUUGGAGGAAGGGACCGCUCUCCAGCAUUCUUCCUCGUUGGUACCCUGGCGGUGAUCUCUGUUCUGGUUCUGACCAGUCUGAUCAUGAUCACCCUCCACCGCAACAAAGUCCUACGCCGCAGCACCACAAUCAGUGACAAAGAGGAGCUGCUGCCCGAGCAGGGAGAGCACUCAUCCCUGGAGUCUCUGUCCGUCCCAGAGAGCCCCAGGGCGGGCAAGGUGUAAUGCCAGGGCCCGGCUUCACGCUCGGCCCUGAGCUCGGGUGGUCUCCUGGGCUCCUGUGAUAGAGCUUUUCUUCAUUUGUGUGAAACUGUCAACGUACUACUGCUACUUCCACUCGAACUACUACUACUCUGAAACAGGACGGAGCCACUUUCCACUGUUGUCAAUGUAAGCCUGUUGUGUAGCCUUCCUCUCGACCUGUCAUGGAGGCACUCGUUCUGCCAUAAAUGAGUUUGAACUCUAAGCCCACGUAUGUUUCUCAGGUACUAUUUAGAAAUGAAAGCUGUUAACGCGACCUUGGUAUGACCUCUAACCCUAGCCUGCUGGCAUGCCCGUGUAGAACGAGCCAGAGAUAAACUUCAAUUUAUUAUUCUAUGAAAUACAAUAAUUUUUCUGAAAACAAACGCUUAAGAAGGAACCUUUUUUAUUUUUUUAUCUGUAUUUCUUUUAUCGGUUAAUCAGCCCUAGCUUCUAUGGGCUACAGACCUGAAGGAUGUUGUGAAAUGCUCUUUUAAAACUGUUACUAAUUGCUUUUAAUAGAAUCUUAACCUGUGACAUAAUUUUUCCUCAAUGAACAAUCUGAAUGUAAAUGAUUUGUUAGUGUUGUGGACUGGACACCACUCUGAUUUUUUUCACAUGUGCUUCAAACAGACAAAUCAUUAAAUGUUUGUGUCCCUUAUUAUCGUUGUGCUGACCUCUGUAUAUUCUCUUCAAUAAAAAUGGACCUCUCAA